AUGGAAGCUAUUUACAUUAAAACAUUUGGUUUUUUGAAUUCUGCUGCAAAUCCUGAGACACCAAACUCCACCAUCUCAAGAGAAGCUAGCACCCAAUCAUCAUCAGCCACAGCCAGCCAAGGAUAUGUUUUACCAGAAGGCAAAAUCAUGCCAAAUACAGUCUUUGUUGGCGGAAUUGAUGUUAGGAUGGAUGAAACAGAAAUUCGAAGCUUCUUUGCUAGAUAUGGUUCAGUGAAAGAAGUGAAGAUAAUCACUGAUCGAACUGGUGUGUCCAAAGGCUAUGGAUUUGUUUCGUUUUAUAAUGAUGUGGAUGUGCAGAAAAUUGUAGAAUCACAGAUAAAUUUCCAUGGUAAAAAGUUGAAACUGGGACCGGCAAUCAGGAAACAGAAUUUAUGUGCCUAUCACGUGCAGCCACGUCCUUUGGUUUUUAAUCCUCCACCUGCACCACAGUUUCAUAGUGUCUGGAGUAAUCCAAACACAGAGACAUAUAUGCAGCCUCCAGCAAUGAUGAACCCCAUCACUCAAUAUGUCCAGUUUUUCAUCGUAAAGACCAUUCUCCUUGCUGAAGAAGAUGGAAGCAAAAUUAGAGCAUAUCCUCCUUACCCUAAUUCACCAGUCCAACUCAUCACUGGAUAUCAGCUACCUAUAUAUAAUUAUCAGGUACCUCCACAAUGGCCUGCUGGAGAACAAAGGAGUUAUGUUAUACCUCCGGCUUAUACAGCUGUGAAUUACCACUGCAGUGAAGUGGACCCAGGAGCUGAAGUCCUACAGACUGAGUGCUCCGUCCAUGAGGUCACACAGUCAUCCGGAAAUGGCCAGCAAAAGAAAUCUGUGGACCGCAGCAUACAGACAGUGGUAUCCUGUUUGUUUAAUCCAGAGACAAGACUGAGAAACGCUCUUGUCACACAAGAUGACUACUUCAAGGACAAAAGAGUACAUCACUUUAGAAGAAGUAGGGCUGUGCUUAAAUCCGUUUGA